AUGUAUUUCCAGCUCCAAAGAACCGGAAACAUGGGCACAUUAAAGACAUUUCUUAGCCAUUACAUUGUCACCUUUUUCCAAGUUACAUAUUUGUGCAAACAAGAAAUUCAAAUUCCAAAGCAAGUAUUUACAUUUACUUUACUUACUUUAGUCGGAAAAUUAUUCUGUCAGACUAACUAA